AUGGGUCAACUUGUAGCCAAUGUGAUCUGUGCAUCGUCGAUCAAAGCACAUCUUUAUGAUCAGUCGUUUUUCGCCCCCUUCAUCCAUUUUUCAAUCUUCCAAUCGCAGCGUGGAGCCUGCGAGAUUAUAGCCAGAAGGACUAACUGCCGACUAAAGGAGAUUGUAGCAGUGGGCAGAUUCUACACCGCACUUGCCACUGUGACAAUGACUAGAGUAGAUUACGUGCCGCAGCCGAUAUCCCUUUCCGACCAUGACAGAUGUAGUUUACUUUGA